AUGGAAAAUAAUACCUGUCAGAUAUCAAGUCAACAACAAAGGGCAAGAAUGGCCGAAAAUGAGAAGAUUAGGAGACAAAAUAUGAACCUCGAACAAAGAGAAACUUAUUUAUCAUUACGACAUGAUAAUUAUAGGCGGCGAAAAGAGCAAGAUAAAAAAGUUCAAACAUCUCGCACUAUGAACAGUCGGAGAAGGGUUUCAUUUCAAAAUUUUACAAAUAUGAGAUCUCCAAUAUCACACUUUCAAGGAACUCAUGACAAUGAAGCCGACCCAAGUAGAAUUGCACAUGUUAAUGAUGUUGCACUUGGUUGGCGAUGA